GUGAAAUAAUAACACGAAGAAAAGAAACGGAAAGUACGGCAGCUCCCGGUUCCUCACGAAGCUAGAUAAACAAACAAAAGCAAGACAUUUCAUGACAUACAUUUAGGAGCCUGAGCUCAUUUGGACGUGUCUAUAUGUCCAGAUAUGUCUAUCAGGAGUAACUUGUUCCCGUGAAUCCCCAAUAAGUGAGGCAAAGCAGGGCUAGCAUCCUUCUCGCUCAGUGGUUAGCUCGUCAUGUUUAUUUUAGUGCUGGGGCGAAGGAGCGCGACAUGAUGGCAUGAAACUGUCGCUCUAUUAGCAAGUAGCUAUCCUCCUCUCACUUACAGGUUUUGGGGAACUUGGCGCAAGUUUGAACCGCAACUGCACUCCGAAAGAUCUGCUAAUCGUCACCAUGGCGUGGGCUCUGAAGUUGCCUCUCACGGAUGAAGUGAUUGAGUCCGGACUGGUCCAGGACUUUGAUGCCAGUCUGUCGGGUAUUGGCCAGGAGCUGGGUGCUGGGGCAUACAGCAUGAGCGACGUGCUUGCUCUGCCCAUCUUCAAACAGGAGGAGUCCAACCUGCCUCCAGACACCGACAACAAGAUCCUCCCCUUUCAGUAUGUUCUGUGUGCAGCUACCUCGCCAGCCAUUAAACUGCACGAUGAAACCCUCACCUACCUCAACCAAGGGCAGUCCUAUGAAAUUAGAAUGCUUGACAAUCGGAAAAUUGGGGAACUUCCGGAAAUCACCGAUAAAAUGGUGAAGAGCAUCAUCCGUGUGGUGUUUCAUGACCGACGACUUCAGUACACAGAGCACCAGCAGCUGGAGGGCUGGCGCUGGAAUAGGCCCGGGGAUCGCAUCCUCGACCUGGAUAUCCCCAUGUCCGUCGGCAUAAUCGACCCCCGGGCUAACCCUACUCAGCUUAACACUGUGGAGUUCCUUUGGGACCCAUCAAAAAGAACCUCAGUUUUUAUCCAGGUACACUGCAUCAGCACAGAGUUCACCAUGCGCAAGCAUGGAGGAGAAAAGGGUGUCCCUUUCCGAAUCCAGAUAGACACGUUUAAAGAGAAUGAGAAUGAAGAGUACACCGAACACCUCCACUCUGCCUCCUGCCAGUUCAAAGUCUUCAAGCCUAAAGGUGCAGACAGAAAGCAGAAGACUGACAGGGAGAAGAUGGAGAAGAGGGCACCACAGGAAAAGGAAAAGUAUCAACCCACCUAUGAAACCACAAUCCUGACAGAGUGCUGCCCCUGGCCUGAGGUCACAUACGUCACCACCAACUCUCCAUCACCUGGCUUCAACAGCACACCCAACAGCUUCCCAGUGCCAGAAGGAAAUGGAUCGCCAAGCCACCAGCCUGAGCCUGUCGUUCAGGUAGCAGAUAAUUUGUUGCCCACAGCAACACCACAGGAUGCACAGCAGUGGCUUUUAAAUAACCGCUUCUCACCCUUCUCUCGGCUCUUCACCAACUUCUCAGGGGCAGAUCUGUUGAAGCUGACCAGGGAGGAUGUCAUUCAGAUCUGUGGGCCAGCUGAUGGUAUAAGACUCUUCAAUGCACUGAAGGGACGGGUGGUGCGCCCGAGGCUGACCAUUUACGUUUGCCAGGAGUCUCAGCAGGCGAGGGAGCAGCAACCGAAACAUGAAAACGGAGAUGCUGCCGCAAACACUUUCUUUGUAUAUCAUGCCAUUUACCUGGAGGACCUCACAGCUGCUGAGCUGACAGAGAAGCUCGCUCAGCUCUUCAACAUCUCACCCAGGCAGAUAAAUCAGAUCUUCAAACAGGGUCCCACUGGCAUCCAUGUGCUGGUCAGCGACGAGAUGAUUCAGAACUUCCAGGAUGAAGUAUGUUUCGUUUUGGACACAAUGAAAGAUGACACUAACGAUGGCUACCACAUAAUCUUGAAGUGAAUACUGCGCGGGAGAAUAGCGUUGUUCUCUUCUUUAGACCCGAUCCAGUCAAGCCCUCUAGAGCUUCAUAUUCUUCGCUGUUCUUUGAAUACGUGGGGACGCCCACGAGAAGUGUCUUGAGGAUGCUAGGAGGACCAUGUGACUGUAGCACCUGGCCCUCUCCUCAUUUUACCUUAUUGUCUUACUUUUGAGGUAGUGACUGUUACCACAGUGAAGUGAACAAUCUCCUUGUCACCCUACCAUUGUCUCCGUUUAGUGGUUGCGUUGUCCUUGGUUGCUUAUGUCUUGUGAAAGAGGUUUAUGGCACUACAGCUGCUAUCACUGUUUAUUUGUUAUCUGAGCAUCUGGUGCGCCAAAGCUCUGUGCUACAGAAACAGUUUGUCAUCUCUUUAAAAACCAACAACCAAAUAUGCAAAAAAAUAUAAUUAAGUGACAAAAAAGACUGACAGUACUUGACUUUCAGCCUGCAAUGCAGCACCAUUUCUCCUCUUCAUGCUUGGUUGGCUUUCUGGGAUCCACUGAAUCCAGUCUGCAAGAAACACGGUAUAGCUAACGCAAUCACACAGUCACAUCAAAGAAUCACAAGAGACAUCAAAUCAGUAAUCAGGACAUUAGGGGAAACCGUUGGAAUCCAGCGGUCCUCAAUUACAUCGGAGUCCUUUUGAAAGCGAACAAUGUCAGUCUUUCACUGGUUUUAAGUGUUACUUUUGAGGAAGGAAAAGCUUUUCCCAGAUAUUGUUAAAUCCUUGUAGUUGGUGUAGAGUGUUACUACCUAUGAAGCUUGAAUGAUAAUGAAACACCGUCUGUGUUUGUGAUCUCAGUGGCUACACCAGCAAACUGUCUCCUGUUCAUGUGGUUUCAACCUUAUUUGUAAAUAGAUCAUUAUUUUAAAAUGUUUUGAUAAAGAAUCAUGUUUCUUUGGCAGUUAAAAGAAAAAAAGUAUUUUAACCAACUAUUGUUUUUGAAUUUUACAACAUCCAAAUACUAAUGCAUGUAAUUGAGCUGUUGGUCACAUCAGAGCUGCAUGUGAAAAUAUAUGGUUAGUUUAUGUUCAGUCCAUUGUACUGCUUUCAUAAAAUUGAUAGCUUGACAUUUUAGAUACCAAUUUUAGCCACAUAUUAUCAUCAUUAUUAAAAUGUGUGUCCCUGAGGUGUUUGCAAAAAAAUUAAAAAGAUUUUUUUUUUUUAACUAUC